GUUAAAAGAUAGCAGUAAGGCUCUUUAUAGGUAUUUCCCUUUCACGAACGUGACCAGCAUAUCUUAGUCCGUGGUUUGAUUUCCAACUCCCUUAAACCACUUUUUCCUCAAGCAAUACCAACUUUUUUUUCUAGUUCUCAAUCCAAAUUGGUCCAUAAUCAGCCUUGUAGCUUUAGAUCCACAAUGGCGUCUUCCUUUCCCAGCAUAUCGCAAGCCUUAGCCUACUUCGAGAGCUCCGAUCCGGCCAAGUUGGCUGCGGAGGAAAAGGCCCGUCAAGAUGCACUCGCAGAGCGUCUGCGCAUUUCAGCUUUCAGUGGCCCGCCGAACGUCUCGCCCUCGCCCCACGAAGCUGAAGUUUCACAGGCCUCACGUCCUAAAAUCCCGCCCAGACCUGUAAGAAGGCGAGAGGCGAGAGAAACCCCAUCCAUUCCAGACACGAUCCUCCCUCUCACUCCUCAAGACUCCACAAUCACAGUCUCAAGUCGACAUCGCGACCUUCCCACUUCAGAAGCCGAAGUCACAGCCCUCCGAAACGAGAUCUCGGGUAUUCAGGUUGAGGUUGAAGGCUUGAAAGAGCAGCUUGGGAUCAGGAAUGAGGAGUUUGAGGUUUUGAAUAAAAGGCUAAGGGAUACGGAGCGCAGGUAUGAGGAGGCGAUUGUAGAUAUGCGGAGGAGUAGGGAACAGAAGCAGGAGUUAGAGGAUAUAGUGGGAAGAUUGAGGAGGGAGUUGGAUGGGACUAGGAAUGCGAGGGACGUGGCUCAGGCGCAAUUGGCAACAAGGCAGAGGGAGUUGGUUAACGCGUGGGAGACGUUGAGAGUUAGUGAGGAGCGGAGAAUUGAGGAGGCUAGGCGGGUGGAAGCUAGAGCUAGGGAGGACGAGAUAAGGGCUGAUACGAGUAGAAGAGUGGGGGACGAGGCGGCGAGGAGGAUAACUGAGCAGAGGUUGAUUGAGGAGGCUAGGAGAGAUGGAAGGAAAGAGGGACGGAGAGAAAGGAGGAGGAGUAAUGUAACAUUCGUGGUGAAUGAGAGGCCCAAGAGCACCGUGGCAUGGUCUCUUUUCAUGGGACGGACAAACUAGAACUUGAGCCGCGCGAUUGCUACAGUAAUAUGUCUUUCUGAAAUUCCAAUACUUUACUGAAUUUCGAAGGCUUCGUGUGAGCUGCAGGCUAGCACCCAUGUGGGAUGACAGAGGUUGUCGAGGCCAGUCCGCACGGCCUUGCGUCAGCCACAGUCUUGAACAGCCACUAG